AUGAUUUAUGUUGAACUUAAAUACAAGCAACUUUGUUUACUUAUAGUUCUUAUUGCGGUACUUAUUGCCUUUAAUGGUGCAACACCAACAUAUUAUCUGAAGGAUUCAAUUAUAAUACUUCAAAAACGACAAGGUGAGCCCCCUGGAGCACCACCACCAAAAGAACCUGAACCACCAAAAGAGCCUGAACCACCAAAAGAACCUGAACCGCCAAAAGAACCAGAGCCACCAAAAGAACCUGAACCACCGAAAGAGCCUGAGUCACCAAAAGAGCCUGAACCGCCAAAAGAACCUGAACCACCAAAAGAACCUGAGCCACCAAAAGAGCCUGAACCGCCAAAAGAAACUGAGCCACCAAAAGAACCUGAACCACCAAAAGAGCCUGAACCGCCAAAAGAACCUGAACCACCAAAAGAGCCUGAACCUCCAAAAGAACCUGAGCCACCAAAAGAACCUGUACCACCAAAAGAGCCUGAACCGUCAAAAGAACCUGAGCCACCAAAAGAACCUGAACCACCAAAAGAACCUGAACCACCAAAAAAGUCUGAACCGCCAAAAGAACCUGAACCGCCGAAAGUACCUGAACCGCCGAAAAAACCCGAACCACCAAAAGAACCCGAACCGCCAAAAGAACCUGUACCGCCGAAAAAACCCGAACCACCAAAAGAACCUAAACUACCGAAAGAACCUAAACCACCGAAAGAGCCUGAGCCUCCAAAAUUGCCUGAACCACCAAAAGAGCCUGAACCGCCAGAAAUCAAUCCGAAAAUCGAGAAAACUUCCCGUCAAGUACAACAAGAAGUUUACACGAACUUAACAGCCACAGCUUAUGAGUUACAAUAA